ACCGGAUCGUUCUACCCAUAUAUGUAAUACUCCUAUAUUGCUAGAAGAGUGUUGACCGUCAGCCCAAACAUUACGGUGCAGACGUAUAAUAGCCUCUCUCUCGCGAACGGCCCAGCUGAUUUGUGCGCAUGCGGUUACAUUUUUUAAAACACCAUUAGGCGCGAUUUUCACAUAACCUGUUUUCGUGAUUUGUGCGUGUGUGCGACGGUAAACAACGCAUAUUAUAAGCGUCCCAAGUGAGACAAACCAAAGAAAAAAUUUACAAUGGUGCGAAUUUGUUUUUUGUGUCAGAAAAAGGCAGCAAAGGAUGGAAAUUUUGCAAUGCACAAAUUUCCAAAAGAGGUGAGCAUUCGGGCACAGUGGUUACAUGCCUGCAAAUUAUCUGACAAGGACAAUGUGAUACAUGUACACAUUUGCUCCGAUCACUUUGUACCAAGUGAUUAUAAAAAUAGCAUAGGACUGUGUAGCAGAAAGUGGUUAUUGAAACCAGGAGCAGUGCCUUCCGUUAAUGUGCCAAAUCCUCCAGCUGCCGAAUUGCAGUUCCAGUCAACAUCUGAGAUUAUAAUGGACGAGACACGAUUAGUGCCUUCUAUUGAUGUUCCAAAUCCUUCAGCUGCCGAACUGCAGUUCCAGUUAACAUCUGAUUAUACAAUGGACGAGACACAAUCAGUGCCUUCUAUUGAUGUUCCUCCAGAUUUCACAUCAGUUUCAAAUGUAGGAGAACUGGAAUUUUCAACAUCCAAGAAUGUGAUGGAUGAGACACGUCACGAGAAUGAACAGCUGCAUACUCCUCCGAAGAAACGGAGAUUUGCAGAACCUCGGUUCAUAUCAGACAUUGUAAGCUCCGAUUUCUCAACACCGAAAAGGACUCGAAGAGUCAUUGCUAUGGUGAACAAAAUCCAUAAUAAAAAACGUAAUUUGAUCCACAAUCUGCAGAAAAAAAAUCGAGAGCUGUGUAAACGCAUUACCACUUUAGAAGAAAUGGUAACGCAUUUGCGUAAAGAAGCAUUAAUAUCAGAGGAAGGUGGUGACGCUUUAAUGGUAUAGUAUCUAUCGAAAUAACGACAAAGGUUGAAUCUGGGACUCUAUUCUUGAAAACAUGCGAAUAACUUUCGUUUACGAAAGUAACAGAAUAAUCAAUGAAAUUAUUCGAUUGUAUUCUUCCAUUGGCUAUUUCGUCACUUUCGUAUACGUAAGUUAUUUGCAUGUUUUCAAGAAUAGAGCCCCAGUUUGCUCGUAUUGUCAAUAGCUGCGUUCAGCAUUAUAAAUCAGAGGCAUCCGUUUGCUCUUCCACCUCGAAAAUUUAUAGUAUUUAUCACGUAUACGUAUAGAUCUUUUAGGUAAAAGAGCAAACGGAUGUCUCUGAUUUGGAAUGCCGAACGCAGCUAAUGAAGGUUUGACCAAUGAACUGACUUUCAUGUCUGAUAACACAUUUUCUUCUUAAGGUGAUAAUGUAAAUAAAAAAAGUCAUAUACAAGUCAUAUACAAGUAUGCAAAUAGGGUUUCGUAAUGAUCGUGAACAUAAUAAAAUAACAUUUAACUGUUCUAAAAAAAAUGAAAAACUUAUGUUUAGUGCAAAUUUUAUUUGUCAUUUAUUUAUAGGACUGAUAAGACUGUGCUAUGAUAAUUUUUUAAAGAUUGAGCAAAUAUUUUCAGAUAUAAAGAAAGAUGAGACAAACAAAGUAA